CGAUUUCAGGACCAAGGACAGCCGCUCGCGCUGAGCAUCAGGUCAUUGGAUCUUCAGCAAAGCAGAACAUCGGACGGGAGUCGUGACAAGGAGACCUGCAUCUCUCAAAGACAAAGAAACAAGCUCUCCUAAAACUGUUUGUAGGCCAAUAAUAUAUGUAUUUUUUUUUGUUGCGUCAAUGAAAAUCAACAGGAUUUACCCACCACAAAGCAAAUGUGUUAUUGUCUUUUUUUAUGGGAGUGUAAUGCAGGUUUAGAGAUCAGCUGGAGAAAAAACUCAUGAUGCACAUACCUCGACAGGGCGGACUAAUGUAAUUGCAUUCCACUGGUAUUGCUGUUAGCACAGGGUCCAGAGGACGCGUGAUCCAUGCGGAUCGGUUAGCUGGGCUGGCUACGACGCACAUCCACUCAACAGGAGACUCGGUCUGGCAGCUGUGUCGAUGUCAAAAUGCGUGUAUUUCUGCUUGCGUUUUUCAUCUCCUGCUCCUGUGCGGGUGGUGGAUGUGAACCCAAGAUUGUCAAUAUCGGAGCGGUCCUGAGCCAGAAGAGGUAUGAACAGGUGUUCAAGGACGCCGUCACCCAGGCAAACACGCUGUAUGGGAAAGAUAAGUUCAAGAUGAACGCCAUCUCUGUCACUCAUAAACCCAAUGCAAUUCAGAUGGCUCUCUCCGUCUGCGAGGACCUCAUCUCGAACCAGGUGUAUGCCAUUCUGGUGAGCCACCCGCCUCAAUCGAAUGACCAUCUGACCCCCACACCCGUGUCCUACACCGCAGGGUUCUACCGUAUCCCUGUGGUUGGGCUCACCACCCGCAUGUCCAUCUAUUCGGACAAGAGCAUCCACCUGUCUUUCUUGCGUACCGUGCCCCCCUACUCCCACCAAGCCCAGGUGUGGUUCGACAUGAUGAGAGAGUUCCGCUGGAACCACAUCAUUCUGAUAGUGAGCGACGACCACGAAGGCCGCGCUGCCCAGAAGAGGCUGGAGACCCUGUUGGAGGAGAGGGAGACCAAGAAUAAAAACAAGAACUAUGAAAACCUCGACCAACUGUCCUAUGACAACAAGCGAGGACCCAAGGCAGAGAAAGUUCUCCUGUUCAGCCAAGACACCAACCUGACAUCCAUGCUGCUGGAGGCCAAGGACCUGGAGGCUCGCGUCAUCAUCCUCUCUGCCAGCGAGGACGAAGCGGCGUCGGUCUACAAAGCUGCCCGCCAGCUCAACAUGACGGGCUCUGGCUAUGUGUGGCUGGUUGGAGAGAGGGAGAUGUCUGGUAAAGCUUUGAGUGAAGCACCAGAUGGCUUGCUCGGCCUUCAGCUCAUCAACGGCAAGAACGAGUCGGCGCAUAUCAACGAUGCCGUGGCUGUGGUGGCACAGUCCAUCCAGGAGCUCUUUGAGAAGGAGAACAUCACAGAACCGCCUCGCGGCUGUGUAGGCAACACAAACAUCUGGAGGACUGGACCGCUCUUCAAACGAGUGCUGAUGUCAUCCAAGUACCCAGAUGGCCUGACAGGACGCAUCGAGUUUAAUGACGAUGGUGACAGGCGGUUUGCUACCUACAGCAUCCUCAACUACCAAAAGACCAGGCUGGUGCAAGUGGGCAUUUUCAACGGCACCCAAGUGGUGAUGAAUCCGCAGAGGAAGAUCAUUUGGCCAGGAGGAGAGACGGAGAAGCCAAGAGGAUACCAGAUGUCUACCAGACUAAAGAUAGUAACCAUUCAUCAGGAGCCAUUUGUCUAUGUCCAACCCACAACAACUGACGGAACUUGCCAAAAAGAGAAAACUGUUAAUGGACUUAAAGAUGUCCAAAAAGUUAUAUGCACUGGCCCGAAUGGAACCAUCCCAGGACAGCCUAUAGUACCCCAAUGCUGCUACGGCUUUUGCAUUGACCUCUUGAUUAAACUAGCGGAUACCAUGAACUUCACCUAUGAGGUUCAUCUGGUGGCUGAUGGGAAGUUUGGUACACAGGAGCGGGUGAACAACAGCAACAAGAAGGAGUGGAACGGCAUGAUGGGAGAACUCCUGGGUGGCCUGGCAGACAUGAUUGUGGCUCCGCUCACGAUCAACAACGAACGCGCCCAGUACAUCGAGUUCUCAAAACCCUUUAAGUACCAGGGGCUUACCAUCCUCGUGAAAAAGGAAAUACCACGCAGUACUUUGGAUUCGUUCAUGCAGCCAUUUCAGAGCACCCUGUGGCUGCUGGUGGGUCUAUCGGUCCAUGUGGUGGCGGUGAUGCUCUACCUAUUAGACCGGUUCAGCCCAUUUGGAAGGUUUAAAGUGAAUAGCGAAGAAGAAGAAGAGGACGCCCUCACCUUAUCCUCCGCCAUGUGGUUCUCUUGGGGGGUCCUUUUGAACUCCGGGAUAGGAGAAGGAGCACCCCGGAGCUUUUCAGCAAGGAUCUUAGGUAUGGUGUGGGCUGGAUUUGCCAUGAUCAUUGUGGCAUCCUACACAGCCAAUCUGGCAGCCUUCCUAGUGUUGGACCGGCCUGAGGAGCGCAUCACCGGCAUCAAUGACCCCAGGCUGCGAAACCCAUCAGACAAGUUCAUCUACGCCACAGUGAAGCAGAGUUCGGUGGACAUCUACUUCCGGCGCCAAGUGGAGUUGAGCACCAUGUACCGCCACAUGGAGAAGCACAACUACGAAAGCGCUGCUGAGGCCAUCCAAGCUGUGCGCGACAACAAACUGCACGCGUUCAUCUGGGACUCUGCCGUCCUGGAGUUUGAGGCAUCACAGAAGUGUGACUUGGUGACAACAGGAGAGCUGUUCUUCCGCUCCGGCUUCGGCAUAGGCAUGCGGAAGGACAGCCCUUGGAAGCAAAACGUUUCCCUGUCCAUUCUUAGCUCUCAUGAGAAUGGGUUCAUGGAGGAACUAGAUAAAACCUGGGUGAGAUACCAGGAGUGUGACUCCAGGAGUAAUGCCCCGGCCACCCUCACUUUUGAGAACAUGGCAGGUGUGUUCAUGUUGGUUGCUGGGGGUAUUGUUGCUGGAAUCUUCCUCAUCUUUAUUGAGAUUGCGUAUAAGCGCCACAAAGAUGCCCGCAGGAAGCAGAUGCAGCUGGCCUUCGCUGCGGUCAACGUGUGGAGGAAGAACCUACAGGAUAGGAAAAGUGAUAGAGCAGAGCCUGACUCCAAACAGAAAACCUCUUUUAGGUCCAUCAGUACCAACCUGGCCUCCAACAUCAAGAGACGUAGGUCCUCCAAAGACACGCCUUAUCCCACGGACAUCACAGGCCAGCUCAACUUGUCAGACCCCUCUGUCAGCACGGUGGUGUGAGAGAUUGAGAGAGAGAAAUGAGAGGACUGAAAUGAGAGAGAGGAUCCUGGUUUGGAGACAGAAGCUGGUCCAUUGCUGCUACGCCACCUGAGCCAUUGCCCAUCCUGUUCUCUAUCUACCCACAUAGAACAUGUGUUCUGCUCAUUCCCCACCAAACACAACAGGCAGGAACUGGAUAGCUGACAUCCCACUGACAAACUGUGCCAAUUCACAAUUGAGCCAAACCACCUGUUUUUUUCCCACACAGAGGCCUGACCCAGCACAAUGAUAGCUUUAGGUUUAUUUUUAUAAUCUGCCUGCUAGAGUCAUGUAGUUGUGUACUUUACGUGUGAAACAACAAGAAAUAUAUACAUUUUCUGAUCAUGUCAUUCGCAAUACAUCGUCAUGCACUGUGUUUCUGAUUUCAAUAAGCGAUAGAUUAUAUAGAUCAUGUUUAAGAGUAUUUUGUGAUGUCAAUGUCUUACUACCUCCACUUAUUUAGACGAACCUUAGACAUGUAGGAUACUGUAGUUAAAACUAUUUGACAUUGUAAGGUUUUCCUGUGUUACAUUUAUCGACAGGUUUUUGUUAGCAUUAGCUAAUGCGGUGUAGUGUGGGGCAAUAACAAUGGACAAGUUGUCAAUUUAUAAAUUAGCAGCAUACAGCUAUGCUAAUAUCUAAGUGUAAAUCCGAGUUAAGCACACUUUGUCCAUUGUAGCACUCAUAUCAGCUGCAAUCCCUUUCUUUAGCUAUAGAUGUCUUAGCCCCUUUUAUGUGUUAAUUUACUUCAUUCUCUCAGUGGUAGUACAGCAUUGAUUGCAUGGCAGACUAUUCUCAGCAUUCAACAAUACUAAUGUUUCUGAGCCAAACGUCUUUGGCAUGACAUCGGUGAAGGAGUUGCCAUCAACAGAAAUAGACUGGUAACCACUAGUGCUGUAGGCUAUGUUGUUGUUCAUUCAAGAAAAUUGCUCUCUACAAUUGUUGAUUUGACAGUGUUACAUGGUCAUUAAUGCAAAUCAAUUGAUCAGUCAACAUCAAGUCUCUAUAUAGCCUAUAUAGUGCCUUCAGAAAGUAUUCAUACCCCUUAUUCCAAAUGUUGUCUUGUUACAGCCUGAAUUCAAAAUUGAUUAAAAAAGCAUUUCUCACCCCUCUACACACAAUACCCCAUAAUGACAACGUGAAACAUGUUUUUAGACAUUUUUGCAAAUGCAUUGUAAAUGAAAUACAAACAUAUCUAAUUUCCAUAAGUAUUCACACCCGUGAGUCAAUACUUUGUUGAAGCACCUUUGGCAGCGAUUACAGCAAGGUGUCUUUCUGGGUAAGUCUCUAAGAGCAUUCCAGACCUGGAUUGUGCAAC